CCGGGAGCGCAGCUGCAGAUGGGCGGCACAGGUGGGAACCUCUACCUCAGCAUGUUGAAUGUGGCUGAGACGCAAACUUUCGGAAAGAACCCAGAGCUCAGCAGCAGCAGCAGCUCUCACCUCCUACACCACCGCGGCAGCAGCAAGGAUCUAUCCGAGCUGAAGAUGGGCAUCCAGGACGCCAGGUUCUUCUACCCGGACUCGGGUCCCAGCGGCGGGCAGGACGCGCUGCCGCUGCCGUACCACCCGGAGCAGGCGAUGGGGGGCUACGGGGGCGCGCAGCCGGCCAGGUUUUACGCACAGACCCUGAGCAGCUGCCCGAGGAGCAGCAGCGCAGCCGGGCAGGGCUACAUCGGACCCGGGGACGGGUUCCCAGCGGGGGGUAAGGACGCGUUCUCCCCGGCUCCGGAGGGUUGCUACCACCCCGGGGGGUUCCAGCACGGCUACCAGCGGCCUCCUCUCUACCCGCUGCCCGGGCUGCAGGUGAGCGGAAAGACGCAGGCGCUGCUCAACAACUACCCGCUGUGGGCCAAGUUCCACAAGUUCCAGACCGAGAUGAUCAUCACCAAGCAGGGGAGGAGGAUGUUUCCCUUCCUGAGCUUCAACCUCAGCGCUCUGGAGCCGUCGGCCCACUACAACGUCUACGUGGACGUGGUUCUGGCCGAUCAGCAUCACUGGAGGUACCAGGGCGGCAAGUGGGUCCAGUGUGGGAAAGCAGAGGGAAACAUGCCAGGAAACAGGACGUACAUGCACCCGGACUCCCCCAACACCGGAGCUCACUGGAUGAGACAAGAGGUGUCGUUCAGCAAACUGAAGCUCACCAACAACAAGGGCAGCACCAACAACGUGGCUCAGAUGGUCGUUCUCCAGUCGCUCCACAAGUACCAGCCUCGGCUCCACAUCAUGGAGGUGAAGGAGGACGGCUCGGAGGAACCCUUCCUCUCCGCCAAGGCGCAGACCUUCAUCUUCCCGGAGACUCAGUUCAUCGCCGUCACGGCCUAUCAGAACGCAGACAUCACUCAGCUGAAAAUAGACCAUAACCCCUUCGCCAAAGGUUUCCGUGACAAUUAUGACACGCUGUACGCUCCUCCCGACUCGGACCGCCUCACCCCCUCCCCCACGGAAGGCCAGCAGCUGCUGGGGGGGGGCUGCUACCCCCAGGGUUACCUCUCGGAGCAGUACAUGAGCCCCCUGCCUCAGAGCCGCUUCUUCGGCCCCGCACGCCACCAGCUGGUCGUGGCCGAGCCGCAGCCGCGUGCUGCCACCGGUCGAUCUGAAAACGCUCCUGUCACCAAACACAGAUAA